CUUCCGGAACAGCUUUCUCCGCUCCUAACAUCCAGUCGUUGGUGCCCAUACCCUUCUUUACCACUUUAUAUGCUGCAGUAGCGCUGGCGACAACUCCCACUCAUAUAUCCACUGCCCCUAUACUAAACAAAACGAUAUAUAGCUUAUAGUGCUAUGCCCGCAACUAUCCCCCCCAUAGUACUCCAGAUCAUGAGGGACCCCCCAGAUCUUCAAGGGCGGCCAUUCAGGCACCAUGUUUAUAUAUGAGACGGCCGGCUCAAAUUGCCGCCAGCGAAACAGAUCACCAUCAUCUGAUUCAAUCAGGCCAGCUCCGGGGUCAUGGCCCUGUUGUCUAAAUAGAUUGGCAUACGGUAAGGAAGUGAUCAUCUCAUUCCCGUCUUGGUCCAGUGCUUAGUUUAAAGCCCAGCCUGCGUCCCUUCUUGACCGUUCUUUUUUUUUUGCUCUCUCUCGUCUCCAUUCUCCUGUCUUCUCAUCUAUUGCUGCUGCUCUCUGUUAUUCGUCAAGAUGCUCAAGGCUCUUUCGAUCCUCGCCUCAGUCGGGUCUGCCCUGGCAGGCACCAUCCUCUGGGAUGGCCGCAUGAACGACUUCACCUCCAGUGCCGACCUGAACAAAUGGUCCUGGUCCAACCAAGUCGGUCCCUACCAAUACUACAUCCACGGCUCCGGCGCCGUCACCGACUACGUCAACCUCUCGCCCAGCUACAAGAACCCCGCCGACAGCGGCUCCACGCAGGGCGCCAAAAUAAGCCUAACCAGCACCGCCUACUGGAACGGGCAGAACAUGCGCCGCACCGAGUUGAUCCCGCAGACCACCGCGGCCAUCAACAGCGGGAAGGUCUUCUACCAUUUCAGCAUCAUGCGCAGCGCCACUAACGCCCCGAGCUUGAACCGCGAGCACCAGAUCUGCUUCUUCGAGAGCCAUUUCACGGAGCUGAAGUCGGGGUGGAUUAGUGGCGCGGCGGGGACGAGCGAUCCAGCGCUGAGAUGGGAGGUUGGAGGAACGUCCCAGUGGGAUGUCGUCUGGGAUGCUGGCGUCUGGCACAACGUUGCUUAUGAGAUUGACUUCUCCGCCAACACAGUAGCCUUCUGGCACUCCACCGGCUCCGCAGCCCUAACCCUCGCCCACGCCGCCGUCUCCAGCUCCACCUCCUCCAACGGCGCCGACUGGCACCUCGGCGUCCUCGAGCUCCCCCGUGACGGCUACCCAGACAGCAACGAGGACUUCUACUUCAGCGGCGUGUACAUCGAGUCUGGCACUUUGACCACCUCCGUCGCCGGCCCCGGUGGCGUCGUGACUAACCCCUCCAGCAGCAGCGUUGUCGUUGUCCCGACGAGCACGGUCGCGACGACGAUGAAGUCGACGACGAGCGCGGCUGCGACGACGAGCGCGCCGCCCACGCAGACGAAUGUGGCGACCGCGCCAAAGUGGGGGCAGUGUGGUGGGAAUGGGUGGACGGGGCCGACAGUUUGUGCGGCGGGGAGCACGUGUAAGGUGUCGAAUGAGUGGUAUUCGCAGUGUUUGUAG